CUCUGAAUAGGUCCGUCGCCUUAGUAGAACGAUAUCGUUGACGAAAGCGCACGCGUUCAAAACAGCGUCUGCUUUUAGCUGUUCUUCCUGCGUGUGGUUCAUUCAAAGCUGGUAUGCACUUAUGGCUUGGGACUUUUCUUACACAAUAAAUAAAUACUUUUAGUGGCGUCGACUUUUUCUGUCACCAUUUAGGAAGAGAUGAAAAAGCUAUCGUUGAAACCGUUCGUUCGCCAUUGCGCUGCUGUCGAUUGGGCAUCAAGCGCCUUAAAACCCACUCGCCGUCCGCGCCAAUCACACUUCAUCAACUAGGACCCGCCAAAGCACCUUUCGUUGUGGCUGUUGUUAUCGUUGCGACCGGCCGUCCAACAUUCAGUUAUCAACGAAUGGAAGGCUGCAAAGAGAACGCUCGAUGCGCGAAUAUGUCGUGGCUGACCAUCAACCAUACAACCAACGAGCUGAUUGAUAGCGACAGUGGAAAACUCUGGCAGUUGUCGAUAGAAGAGCGUUGUUGGCGAAUGAAAACGAGUCGUUGGCCCUAGUAGUGAUUAUUGUCAUCGUUUGUGUCCAAUUGUGGCCUAAGGUCAUAUCUGGUUGCCACGUAGAUUUAUAUCACGGUUGACUGUCGAGCGGUGGUCUACCAUAGUUAAUCCAGUGGAUUAUUUUUGGUUGCGGGUGAUGUAAGCAACUACGUUGGCCGGUUCGUGUAAGAGUUUCUGCUGUUCGAAGUAUCUGGCUCGAGAAGAAAGAAAGAAAAACAGCUAAAUACUAACUAGAAAAGCGAGGCCUUAAUAAACGGUGCUGCUAAAUCGGACUAGAAAACAAACUAUGGACAAGUUAACAGGAGAUUUGCGGAUACGCGUUGGGGAAUGGCUUCGAUGGGAUAAGAAUGAAAAAACUCGUGCUACCAUUGAGAGCCUUGUGGAAGCUGGUAAUGUUGCUCGACUCGAGGCAGUUAUGCUCAAGAGACUGUCCUUUGGAACUGCCGGCCUCCGGGGCGUAAUGGGUGAAGGCUUUGCCUGCAUGAACGACCUUGUCAUCGUGCAAACAUCGCAGGGAUUAGCUAAAUAUCUGCUUAAGACGCUUCCAGACGCGAAGACGAAAGGUAUCGUCAUUGGUUUUGACGGACGACACAAUUCUGCAAGGUUCGCCCUACUGGCAGCCCAGGCGUUCCUCCAGGUCGAAGUACCUGUUCGACUCUUCACUCGAGUAACGCCAACACCAUAUAUCCCUUUUACAAUUUCCCACUUUGGAUGUGCUGCCGGUGUUAUGGUCACAGCGUCCCAUAACCCGAAGGACGACAAUGGGUAUAAGGUCUAUUGGGAAAAUGGAGCACAGAUCCUUUCUCCUCAUGACGCUGGCAUUCAGAACAGCAUUCUGCAAGAGCUGGAGCCUUGGCCUCAAGCUUGGAAAACGGAAUCCGUUCGCAGUAACGUGAUGUGUUCAGAUCCCAUUGAGGAGGUCAAUUCAAAGUAUAUGGAAGUACUCGAAAAAAGCAUGUUUGACAGAAAUAUGAACAGGCAAACCAAUGUUAUGUUCACGUUCACAUCGAUGCAUGGCGUUUCUCAUCCUUAUAUCACCGAAGCUUUCAAACGAUGGAACUUCAAACCUGGCUACCCUGUUGUCGAACAGAUGGAGCCUCAUCCAGACUUUCCCACGGUGAAGUUCCCUAAUCCCGAGGAAGGCAAGAGUGCUUUGAACCUGGCGAUAGCGACCGCUAAUAGCAACAAGAGCCGGGUCAUUCUUGCGAACGAUCCCGAUGCCGAUCGAUUAGCCGUUGCAGAGAGGAUCGACGAUUCGGAGAAUUUUCAUGUAUUCUCUGGAGAUCACAUUGGACUGCUUCUCGGAUGGUGGAUGUGGCAUUCGUUCAAGGCCAAAAACCAAGAUGCAAAGGCGAGCGACGUUUACAUGAUUGCCAGUACGGUGUCGUCGAAAGCUCUCCGCAGCGUCGCCAACUUAGAGGGCUUUAACUUCGAGGAAACCCUUACAGGCUUCAAAUGGAUGGGUAAUCGAGGUAUUGAACUGACAAAGGCUGGCAAAAUUGUUCUCUUCGCGUACGAAGAAGCCAUUGGAUAUAUGUGCGGAACGUCGGUCUGGGACAAAGAUGGUAUAUCAGCGGCAAUGCAUGUCGCUGAACUUGUGGCUUAUCUUGACUCUACGAAGGCGGGCACCCUCCAGGAGCAUCUAGAUCGGCUGUUCGUUAAGUACGGCUUCCACGUUACGAACAACUCGUACUACCUCAGCCAUCAACCGGAGAUGACAAAGAAGAUGUUUAAUCGCAUUAGAAAUUUCAAUGGACCGAACACGUACCCGACCAAAUUGGGUCGAUUUAUGAUAACUGGCGUCCGAGACCUAACAGUAGGCUUUGACAACACGCUACCUGACAACGUACCUAUUCUGCCCGUUAGCGACUCGAGUGAAAUGAUUACGUUCUACAUGGCCAAUUCGGCCAAUAUAACGAUUCGUACUUCGGGAACCGAACCGAAAAUCAAGUGGUACUCAGAGAUUUCUGCCAAACCUGGUACUCCUAAAGGUGAAUGGGCAAGCUACAAAGUCGAACUGGAUGAACUUAUCGGUGAAAUGAUUGCGCAGUUGUACCAGCCAGAAGUUUAUGGAUUCAUUGCACGAUCCGGCUGAUUGGCGAGACAAAAUAAUGGACCGUCGGAAAUCUUCGCUGAGGGUGCACCUGUACUAUUAAGAAAUAUUCGAACGAGCAUAGAUUCUUCUAAACGAUCCAAGCGACACCGAUCGCGUUGCUCCUGUAUCCCUGCCCCCGUCAUCGAUGACUGGAAUUAUAAAACGUCGUAAAAAGUCGCACGACGACGAGCUGCAGCCUUGUAUUGAUACUACGUCGUUUUAAUAAAAUAGCACUAGUUUCAUAACGGGU